UUUGUUACAAAGAACAACAUAAACCACGUUUUGACCAUCACUGGCAUCCCAAGAGGCAAUGGGCAAGUAGAACGGGUCAACAGGGCGAUCUUAUCUACAGGGUUAUUCAAUAGGUGCGCUUCAACUUUUUUCCGAUAGGGAGGGCGAACGACGCAAUAUUUUUUAUUUUUCGCUUUUCAUUUGUAAACUUCAUUAGUAUACAUUUCAUCAUGGAACGCUACACACUUGAGCAACGAUUGCAAAUCGUGCAAAUUUUUUAUGAAAAUAAUCGUUCUGUUUCUGCUACUUUAAGAGCAUUACGGCCAUUUUACGGUCCAUUUAACAAGCCGUCCCGUUUUGGGGUCAUGUGAAGUCAUUGGUCUACAGUAACAAGCCGGCGACGAUUUGUGAGCUCAGAGCCAAUAUUGAACGCGAAAUUGCUGGAAUUUCGGCCGAUUUAUGCAAAAGAGUGGUCGAAAAUUGGGUUCAACGAUUGGACUUCGUAAAACGUGCACGCGGUGGUCAUGCAAAAGAAAUCGAAUUUCAUACUUAAAUGUAUAUGUUCAAACUCGAUAAUAAAAAAAAAAUUAGUUAAAAAAGUCAAACCGUUUGUGUUUUAUUCAAAAAAGUUCAAAAGUUGAACCGCUCUUACUGAAAAACCCUUUAUUAUUUCGAAACUCUCGGCAGCCGAUCCUGCCAAAUGGUUCAAGUUUGUACCUGAAGUUCAAAAAACAAUAAACUCUUCUUUUCACAGCUCGACAAAGGCGUCGCCAUUCGAAAUUAUGUUUGGCAUCAAAAUGAAAGUCGAUCUUGAGAGCCAGAUUCUAGAUGCUUUACUAGAUGAAUUGGUUGACAACUUGGAUAUCGACAGACGGCGUAUUCGUGAUGACGCGAGGGCACAAAUUCUGAAGACUCAAGCUACUUGCAAGCGAAAUUUUGACAAGGGCAGAAAGGCGAAAAUAGGCUACACGGUUAGCGAUCUAGUGGCGAUCAAACGCACUCAGUUUGUGGCUGGUAAAAAAUUUGCCAGCGAAUAUCUGGGUCCAUAUGAAAUCGUCAAAGUUAAACGCAAUGGUCGAUACGACGUACGCAAAGCAGCCAACGUAGAGGGUCACAACAACACGUCUACCAGCUGUGACAACAUGAGGCUCUGGAAGUACGCCGAAUGCAACGAAGAGCUCCUGUCAUCCGAGGCGGAUGACGAUAAUCAGAACGGCCGAAUGUAACAGUGGCAACAGUGGUUGGCUGAGCAUAGUACAGCAUAGAGGCAAUGGUAAAAUAGCCGCGUAGUUAGGCAGCAGUCGGUAAGUCGUCGCGGCGUGAAGCGGUUGUGCAUUAAAAACAUAAAAUAAAUUACCUUUUAACUUUUGAAUUGUACCCAAUAAAUACAGUUAAAUAAAAUACCAAGUGUUACCUUGUUAAAUAAACGAACUUAACUCUUUCAUUUAUUACAUAUAAUCCCGCGGUAAUUGGCACAGAUUGCAGGAUCGCCCUUCUUAUGGAUUGGA